AUGCCUGCCCGAACUAAGGAAGAGCAGCCUCAGGCUGAGGAUACCAACAUGGAGGAUGCCCCAGCCUCUGCGCAGCCUGAGACAAACGAUGAGGAGGUUGAGGAUGAAGAAGAGGAAGAGGAGGUCGAGGCCCAACGAGUUAGAAUCUUGCCGGGCUCGACAGACACUGCUGCCUCAUUUGACCCCGACGUUGAGUUCUGCGCGUACUCGAUUCCUCACCCUUCAGAGCCUAAGAUGAAUAUCAGAAUUCAAACCUACAAUGGUACUGCAGUCGAUGCUCUCAAGAAGGGCUUGGUCGACAUCCAGGAAGUAUGCGACGUGGUUGCCGAUGAGUUCUGGACCAAGAGAGAGGCCUACAAUGCUGAGCAGGGCAUUGAUCGAUGA